AUCUUCCUAAAUUCAUUUUGAAAUAAAAGUAAUAAAGACAUGACCAACACGAGAUAUGGCGAUUAGUAGUAGUUCCGAUCGGCAUUUAUCACAUUUUGUGUUGGAAUCGCUACCGCCAAUGAUCUAUCGGUUGGAGGUUUCUCAACAACCUAUCCGAGCAAGAAUGUGUGGUUUUGGGGAUAAAGAUCGCCGUCCAAUUGAUCCCCCGCCUGUUGUUAGACUUCUCGUAUCUACUGCCGAUGGAACUCCUGUACCUGAAAGUUCUGUCGAUCAUUCUAUGAUGAUCGUACACGCUGGUCUAUGGUCUGAAAAUCGUACGGAAGAGCGCAGUCUUGUAAUCAAUCCUUCUUCAAUUCCCACUCAAUCGACUGGUCCUAGCUCAACCGUCAUGUCAUUAAAUGCUCCUUCGUGUACUCGUAAUCUCAUGGGUCAUUGUACUUCAUCUGCAUAUGUUCUCAAUAACAACUUGGGUCAACAAGGAAUUUAUUUUAUAUUUCAAGAUCUAUCCGUUCGCACCGAAGGAACGUUUACAUUAAAAUUUUCGUUUUGUGACGUCAAGGGUUUGUUAGUUCGAUCACUUAGCGGAUAUACUAAUAGUCGUGGAAGUGUAGCGGCUGAAGUAUACAGUGCUCCUUUUAAAGUAUAUUCUGCAAAAAAAUUUCCCGGGAUGACAGAGUCAACGGCACUGUCGAAAGCUUUUGCAAAACAAGGAAUUAAAAUUCCGAUAAGAAAAGAAACGAGAUAUCGGAAAACAAAUAACGAAGAAACACGCGACCCAACAAACGAAGAAGUUCCUGAGUCUUCAUCUUCGGCAUUACCGACAUCAACUAUUAGUGACUCUAAAGUUUCCGAAACUACUGUUGAGAGUACGGGUAAUGAUGAGAAGCGUAAUCAUCAUGAUCUUUCUGAUGACGAUACAGAUACGGUUCGAGAUUCCGAGGAAGGAAAAGGCAAGUCUGCCGAAAAACGGCGACGAAAGUCUAAAUAAAUAAAUAAUUUAAGGAAGGAGAUUGAUCUUCGAUUUGAUUAUGUCUUUUCGCUGAAUUUUAUUUUAUGUUAGCAUAAUUCAUUAAUUUGAGUCAAAAUAAUUAUGCAAUAAUAAUUACCCAUAUAAGUAUUUAAAGUAUACACGUAAUUUAUGUUGUUGU